GUGUUUGAUAGAGGCCGAUCCUGCCGUUUCACUUUACAUUAAUAAAGAACAAAAGUCCCCUUUGUAUUUGGCCGCUGAACAAGGGCUUGUUGAGAUAGUGAAGCUAAUAGAAGAAAAAGCAGUAAAGAAGAACACAGAAAUUCAAGGCAAGUCCCCGUUGUUUGCUGCAAUUCUAGGCUGCCAGAAAAAAGAAGUCCUAAAGAUAAUAUCAAACAUGGAAGCAAAUAUUUUGAACUCAAAAGAUGAGAAAGGGAGGACUCCACUGCAUUGUGCAGCAUCAAUUGGUUAUCUAGAAGGGGUUCGCUUCUUAGGCAAACGUCUCGUGGAUUCUCAUCGAAAGGAUAAUUGUGGGAACUUUCCGAUCCAUUUUGCAUCAAGCAAAGGUCAUGUCGACAUUGUUAAAGAGCUGCUUCUACAUUGUCCCGAUUCAAUGGAACUGAGGAACUCAAGUGACCAAAAUAUACUCCAUGUUGCAGCAAGAUGUGGCGAGGACAAUCUUGUCAAAUAUUUUCUCAAGAAUGUUGAGUUUCAAAUGUUGAUAAACCAAAAAGACAACAGAGGAAAUACUCCUUUGCACUUGGGAAAGAUGUACCAUCAUCCCAAGGUUGUGGACCUUUUCACUUUGGAUAGAAGGACCAACUUAAAGGUCUUGAAUGAUAGGGGCAUGACAGCUCUUGGCAUUUCAGAAAGCACUUUGGAAACUAGUGCAUCAUAUGAUGGGAUGAUACCUGCCGUAAAAGAAGAAGAAAAUGGCGUGAUCCAGUUAUAUUCUUCAGAACAAAAUCCGAGAGACUCAAGCAGCCUACCUGAACUUGAUCAAAUUUUGGUUGAGCCAGGCCCAGGUAUGGAAACAAAAAGAACUACUGCCGCUGCUGGUCAGAUUCAGAACAAAGCAGUAGCGACAGCUUGGUGGCUGAUAAAUAGACUGGUAAAUUGCUUGGAGUACCCAAGAACUUGGUUGGAAGAUACACGUGGCAUGCUGAUGAUUGUGGCAACCAUGAUAUCAACCACAACUUUCGAAGCUGCAGUUAAUCCACCCGGUGGUGUUUGGCAAGACAAUAAUAUCAAUAGUAGCGCUGGAGGUACUACUUAUUGCACCCAUGAUAACAUAUGCACUGCUGGAACUUCAGUGGCAGGCAGCGGCUUCCCAAAAGACUUCCUCGACUUCGUAACACACAAUACCAUCUCGUAUAUUUCUUCUCUCAGUGUCACCCUUUUGCUUGUUGGCGGAUUUCCCCUCCGGAAUCGUGUAAUUAUGUGGCUUUUAUCAAUGGCCAUGUGUCUCACUCUUACUUCUCUGGCACGCACCUAUAUACAUGCUCUUAUGAUAGUGUUCCCUAAUACUGAAAUUUACAAAUCAUAUGAAAAGAUAUCCCAGAUAUCCAUUGUGGUUUGGGUUACAUUGCUUGGGAUCAUAGCUGCAAUCCACACCAUUCGUCUUAUCAUUUGGUUGGCGAGGAAGUUGUGGGGCAGGUUCAAGCAUAAGAUCCCAAAAAGCCUCAGGAACGUGAUUGAUAGUUUGGUGGAUAGUUCGAGAGCACGUCACCGUACCAAAAAAUUCUGAGGAGA